UUCCAAUUUCUCGGUAGGGCAGACGUCUCGUUCACAUACUGAUGUAGAAUAGAUUAGCACAGUGUGUGCUGACUACAGAAUUCUGGAGAUGCUUCAUUUCAAGUCACGGCAACUAAGGAGGAAGAGUGCAAGAUUAUCUUCAGUGGCCUUCCUCCAUAGCCCAUUUUGCAGGUUGGUGACUUUGUGCCUGCUUUCGCAGUUAUCCUGGAGUCACACGAUGACUGAUGGUCCUAGGCAACGGGGCAAUGCGUCGGCGGACUGGGAUACCGCUUCGGAAUCCAGUAAAGACGGCUCCGGAAGAGUGGCCUUAAAGAAAGAGAUUGGCCUUGUUAGCGCAUGUGGAAUUAUAGUGGGCAACAUCAUUGGGUCAGGGAUCUUUGUGAGCCCGAAGGGUGUCCUGGAGAACGCCAGCUCUGUGGGGCUGGCUCUCAUCGUGUGGAUUAUCACCGGAGUGAUCACAGCCAUUGGUGCCCUCUGCUAUGCUGAACUGGGCGUUACCAUCCCCAAGUCUGGAGGAGAUUACUCCUACGUCAAGGACAUCUUUGGAGGACUUGCGGGGUUCCUGCGACUGUGGAUUGCUGUGUUGGUCAUCUACCCCACCAACCAGGCGGUCAUCGCGCUCACUUUCUCCAACUAUGUUCUGCAGCCCCUCUUCCCCACCUGCUUCCCCCCAGAGAGUGGCCUCCGUCUGCUGGCUGCCCUCUGUCUAUUGUUGCUGACGUGGGUGAACUGCUCCAGUGUGCGCUGGGCCACUCAUGUUCAAGAUGUCUUUACUACUGGGAAGCUGCUGGCCUUGGGUCUUAUCAUUAUUAUGGGCUUUGUGCAGAUUUGUAAAGGGCAGUAUUACUGGCUGGAGCCAGUGCAUGCGUUUGAGACAUUCCAGCCCUACGACAUUGGUCAGAUAGCACUGUCGUUUCUGCAGGGCUCCUUUGCCUACGGUGGUUGGAACUUCCUCAACUAUGUCACAGAGGAGCUUGUCGACCCCUAUAGGAACCUCCCCCGGGCCAUCUUCAUCUCCAUUCCACUGGUGACGUUUGUCUACGUGUUCGCCAACAUCGCCUACGUUACCGCCAUGAGUCCUCAGGAGCUGCUGGCCUCCAAUGCUGUCGCUGUGACGUUUGGUGAGAAGUUACUUGGAGUGAUGUCAUGGGUCAUGCCCAUCUCUGUGGCUCUGUCUACCUUCGGGGGUGUCAAUGGCUCCCUCUUCACCUCAUCGCGGCUGUUUUUUGCAGGAGCGAGGGAAGGCCAUCUCCCCCGGCUCCUGGCCAUGAUUCAUGUGAAACGCUGCACCCCAAUCCCAGCCCUGCUGUUCACUUGUAUAUCUACCCUGCUGAUGUUGUGCACUAGUGACAUGUAUACCCUUAUCAACUAUGUGGGCUUCAUAAACUACCUCUUCUAUGGGGUAACUGUUGCUGGGCAGAUUGUGCUGCGCAUCAAACAGCCAGACAUGCAUCGGCCAAUCAAGGUGAGCCUGAUGUGGCCAGUGAUCUACCUGUUGUUCUGGGCAUUCCUCCUUAUCUUCUCCCUGUACUCUGAGCCUGUUGUGUGUGGUCUGGGCAUGGCUAUCAUGUUGACUGGAGUCCCUGUCUACUUCCUGGGUGUCUACUGGGACAACAAGCCUCAAUGCUUCGACACCUUCAUCGGUAAGAUGACCCACGUUUGUCAAAAGUUCUUUAUUGUAGUGUACCCGGACAUGGGUGAAAGCAGAAAUGUGGGAUUGCAACAAGGACCGAAAGAAGAUGAUGAUGAACUUGGGAAGGCAUUGAACCCAUCCAAAUGAAUAUGGGCACACACAAAAACACUUGAUUUCAAAAGUUGGACGGGUAUACUCAAGGAAAUGCGCUAUAGUACUCUGUUCUCCCUUAAAUAUUGACUGGAGUUAAAACUGUACACCUGCCUCAGUGCAAUACUAUUGCCCAUUGUCAGGGGUCUUGAGGUGCAAUGUCAGUAUUUUAGACAGAUUAAAUAUUUUUCCAAAUACAUUUAUUUGAAAUACAUUUCUUGUUUGAUGUAUUUUUGUUCAGUGUUGUACUGUAUUGGUUGUUCUUUUUUGGUAUCUGUUGUUGGUGUUUAGGGUGAGACAAGGUGGAAUAUUUGAGUGCUCUUCAUGUAUUGUUUCCCACACCACCCUAAAUGUUUGUCAUUCCCACUACUUAAUUUGUUUUAUUUUAUGUCUUUUGAUUGAUGUUAUUGUUUAUAGAUAUGUAUAGGUGCUUUCUGGAGACUGCUUUUUCACAUACUACUGUAGAGAGGCAGGUGUACAGAGAGGCAGACUCCUGAGCAAUCAAAUCUUUUUUUGAUGUAGAGAGAGACAAUUUAAAGUAAUAAUGUGUCACUCACCCUUGUUAUUAUGCACUGAUGUCCACAAAUAGAUGUUUAUUCUAGUAAUAUGACCUAUGCAUUGAAUGUAAUAAUUAUGUAAACAUUGUAUUAAUAAUCAUAGACAUUUUGCAACAUACAAUAUUAAAGUACAUUACAUUUUGGUCAGGAAGAGGCAUCAGUCUAGCCUGAGGACCAGUCUCUUCACAUAAUAUUCCAGCCCCUUUAUUCCAGUAGUAAUAGUGGCUGCUGUUUUUGAUUUAAUGGCACACAAGUUUUAGUAAACUGAUUACUUAAUGUACAAAAUGGCUGCCAUGACUACUCCAUGUCAUGUCAUUGGGUAAUGAUAGUGGGUGCUAAGGAUAGGAAUGUUAGGUCAAUAGACUGGUAGUCAAAUUGGCACCACUCUGCGCUGUAUUGUAAAUGUAUCUGGAGUAAUAAGCUGCGCGCAGGUCUUUUUUAUUGUGCAAUACAUAGUUAGCAUUUAUGCAAC